AUGCCCUCCGCAGUAGCAGCUGGGCAGAAGCCCACGCACGAUGAUCUCGACAACUAUGGCGUGGACGACCUCUCCGACGACCCCUUCGCCUCGCCCAGCCCACAGUCCAAGAAGCGCAAGGAGCCCGCCUCCUCCUCCAACGCCCUCGGCAUCGACGAAGAGGUUUCCGUGCAGAAACGCGCCCGCGUGCCUGCCGUCAAGCUCGACGAGGACCGCCUGCUCGGCCCCGCCGGCAUCCCGCGCCUGCGCCAGCGCGCCUCCCGCAACCUGAAGAUCAAGGGCAAGGGGCACGAGUUCUCCGACGCGGCGCGCCUCCUCUCCUUCUACCAGCUAUGGCUGGACGACCUGUUCCCCAAGGCGCGGUUCCUCGACGCGCUGGCCAUGGUGGAAAAGGCCGGGCACAAGAAGCGCGUCAUGACGGCGCGCAACGAGUGGAUAAACGAGGCCCGGCCUAGAUCGGGCGCAGACGAGGACGAGAACGGGGACGACGCGCGCGAGAACGGUCACGCAGGCAGUGCCGGUGAGGCAGACGGCACGGAUGUGGCCGCUGACAGGCCCGAGAGACCGCAGACACCACUGCAAGACGUACCAGGCGACGACGACCUCUACGACGCGACACCACGAGCUCGAACAGCCACGCGAAGGGACGUGUCUGAAGAGGACGACCUAGACGCCCUCAUUGCGGAAGCAGAAGGCCAGGACUCUGCCUCGAACCGAAAGAAACAAGCGACCACGGAGCCGGACGAGGACGAUCUGGAUGCCCUCAUAGCCGAGGCAGAGGGCGAAGAUGGCGCUGGAUCGUCGAACGCCAAAGCAGCAAGCAGCGCGAACAACGAAUUUGCCGACGAGGAGGCGGCGAUGCAGGAAAUGGAUGGCCUUUGGUAG